AUGGACGAAGAAUCAACAAGUGAUGAUGAUGAUAUUAUUACUAAAUUUGAUACGCUCUGUACUAUACAUGAUGUGCGACCAAAAAGUCGUCAGUGGUCAUUGGAUGAUUUCGAAAUUGGACGACCAUUGGGUAAAGGUAGAUUUGGUAAAGUAUAUUUGGCUCGAGAAAUUGAGUCCAAAUUUGUCGUUGCUAUUAAAGUUGUAUACAAAUCACAGUUGGAAGAAAAUAAUUUGAAAUUGCAACUGCGACGUGAAAUUGAAAUUCAAUACCAUUUGAGGCAUCCAAACAUUCUUCGCUUAUACGGUUAUUUUCACGAUGAGGAUCGCGUAUACAUGGUGUUAGAAUUUGCACCCAAAGGAAACCUCUUUCAACAACUUCAAGUGAUGAAAACAUUUCCACCCGAAUUAGCUGCUAGAUAUAUGUAUCAGUUGGCAUCAGCUAUGGAGUAUUGCCAACAGAAGAAAGUGAUACAUCGAGAUUUAAAACCUGAAAAUGUUUUAAUUAGUGCAAAAAGUAUUUUGAAAAUAUCAGAUUUCGGAUGGUCAGUACAUGAACCUUCAUCAAGACGAAAUACCGUAUGUGGUACAUUGGAUUACUUAGCACCAGAAGUGACACCUGAAAAAACACAUGAUUUGAAAAUUGAUAAUUGGGCAUUGGGUGUUAUGCUGUAUGAAUUCUUAGUUGGUAAACCUGCAUUUGAAGCUAAGACUGUAGAACUUACUCUGAACAAUAUUCGCAACUGUAGGUAUACAAUACCAGAUAGCGUACCAAAUGGUGCAAAAAAUCUCAUAUCAUCUCUUCUUCAAAAAGACCCAAUGAAACGUUUACCGUUAGCGGAUGUUUUGAAGCAUGAAUGGAUUCAAGAAAUGAUUAAAAAAGAGAGCAGCGAAAAAUGA